GAGCGAACACGUGCCCGAAGCGCUUCCGUGGCGCGCGACUGAUUCGCGAGAUCAGGCGGCAGGUAAACAAUGAGGCGUCAGACCAUGGUAAGCAUGCCGUUCGUGUUGAAGGAAAAAUUCAUUUCAAGUGCCAUUUGGAAGAUGGACGACGUGAAACUUAUAGGUGAGGUGGAGAAGUACAAGGAGUUGUACGACUCCGGCAGUCCUUCAUACAAGGACAGCACAAUGAAAGACACCAUUUGGAAUGCCAUUUCAUUGGCCAUUGGUGCACAGCCUGAUGAAUGCAAACAAAGAUGGAAAUAUUUAAGAGAUUCCUUUGUACGGAGAAGGAAGAACCAUAGACCUGGAGUGGGCUACCAGAGGGAGUGGAAAUACACCAGUUUCAUGUCUUUUUUAUUGCCUCACCUGCAACGCAGAAGCAAAAAAAACACUUUUGAUGUUGAAAAAUCCCUGGACUAUCCAGCAGAUUUAAGUGGAACUGUGGAUGAGGAAGAUGUGAAGGAGGACCUGUCCCACCUUAUGAUAGCCCCCCUCCCACAGCCAGAGGAACCUGAAACAGACGCAAGGUCCGGUUCAGACACCCCUCUUCCCUGGGCCAGAAGAGGUCAUAGCUACAGAGGACACACCCCACAACAUGAAGAACUAGAUGAGGCACUGAGGCCCAGAGCCUCCAGUCCACCCACCCCUGUGGAAGUCCAGAGCCGGAAGAGGAGAAGGGGCAGCUUGGGGGUAGAGGACAGGCUGUUCGGCAUUGUAGCAGAUAGUACACCUUCUGCCUCUUCCGUGCCCUGGCCACAGGAUGAGAUGUAUCACUUUGCCCUUAGCAUUGCACCCAUCUUGAGCAGACUGAAUCCCAGGGUCCAGGCACAAGCCAAAAUAAAAAUCCUCAAUUUGCUGGAUGACCUGGAGCAGCCAGAAGAACCUUCACCUUCAGAUGAGCCCAAUGAAAAGCCAAGGAAGGGGCAACAAAGCUUCUUGCCAGUUCAGACUCCUCCAUGUGCUACCCAGGCAAUGAACAAUCCCAGAACUUCCAUGAGGAGGCGGAUGAGUACAAGCAGUGAGGAGCAGUGGGAGGAACUAAGCACAUACUCCGCCAUGGAUCCUGCUGGUCCUGUCACUCCUGACAUGGCAUCUGGAAAAGCACAGAUCGGGAAGCUGGCCCCGGACUUCAAAGCCACGGCUCUCAUGCCUGGUGGCCAAUUUAAAGACAUCAAGAUGUCUGAUUUCCGAGGGAAGUAUGUAGUCUUCUUCUUCUACCCGCUGGACUUCACCUUUGUGUGCCCCACUGAGAUCAUUGCCUUUAGUGAAGCUGUAGAUCAAUUCAAGAAGAUCAACUGCGAAGUCAUUGGUGCCUCUGUGGACUCUCACUUUUGCCAUUUUGCCUGGACCAACACACCACGUAAACAGGGUGGUCUGGGCCAAAUGAAGAUCCCACUGGUGGCUGACACACAGCGCUCCAUUUGUCAGAUGUACGGGGUGCUGAAGGAGGAUGAAGGCAUUGCCUACCGAGGUCUGUUUAUCAUUGAUGACAAGGGUAUCCUGAGGCAGAUCACUAUUAAUGACCUCCCUGUGGGCCGUUCUGUUGAUGAGACGCUUCGCCUGGUGCAGGCCUUCCAGUUCACUGACAAACAUGGAGAAGUGUGCCCAGCUGGAUGGAAGCCUGGAAGUGACACAAUCAAGCCUGAUGUCCAGAAGAGCAAGGAAUUUUUUUCUAAACAAAAAUAAACAAUCAGACUCUACUCACAUAUCAGUAGAAUGUAUUUUUUACAUAGCUGAGAUAAUUUAGUGUUAGUGAUGUAAUUUAAUUUAAUUACUAAUUGAAAGAUAACACAAAAACCUGCUGUGGCCUUCACGGGCUUGAAAGCAUAGCCCAGUUUCUAAUGUGGAAAUGUACUUUAGUCUUUUGUAAUAAAGAAAGACUUCCUGUUUUCCACUUCAUUCAAAAUUCCAGUUUUGCUAUACAUUGGAAUUUAGUGUCAUUUUAAUGAUUAUAGGCAUGUGUGUAAAUGGAGUAACACUAUUUAGUUAAUAUCUUGGGAAUUAAUAUUCAAAGGCUAUUGCGUGAGUACCACUAUGAAUGACACUGUACAAAAAUAAAAUCGGUUCUUUGUUUUGGUAAUUGUUUGGUAUCUGAGAGCAGUAGGUAGUGUUGAGUUAAAGGACAUAUACUUGAGACUUUAAACUUGCUUAUUCAGUUUCUAAAAAAACAGUGGCACCCGUGAGGAUGUUGAAUUGUUCCAGUAAAGCGGUGAAGUCAGAGGAAUCAUAUGCUGAGAAAUAUUUGAAAUGUCCUUUAUGAAUGUGGGUUAGUUGAGAUGAUUAUAUAGCCACAGAAA